CAUCCAGUGCGCGUUCACGGCCUCAAACUCGCAUCGUUUCUAAAACGUAGUAGUAAUAGUAGUGCUGUUUUUAAUGUAGUUUUUCACUCGACUGAAGGUAAACGUGGAGUUAAAAUGUUUCCAGUUACCAUUCUGAGAAUAAAGUUGAAGAGAACCUAAAAAGCAGAGGGUUGUGUGUUGUGUUAAUGUAUGAGUGUGUGUGAGUGUUGCGAUGAGUGUUGGUUGUGAAAAAGGGGGGCCUUCUGUCCGCCCCCCAUGCACUCUAAAUGUGAAGAAAGUCUAUGGUGAUAGCACAGAAGAACUAUAUUCUCCAGAGUCUCUCCGACUCAGCGCCAUGUCACCUGACCUGAGGCAGGACUUCAAUAUGAUGGAGCAGAAAAAAAGAGUUACACAGAUUCUGCAAAGUCCAGAUUUUAAGGACGAGCUGGAGUGUAUGGUAAAAGAGCAAUACUCUAAGAGCAGUAACUCUGGUGGUCUUUUAGGUCACAUCGCGCACAUCCUCAUCAGCAACACACUUAGCAACACCGGAGUGCAAAGCCCCAGCAGCGUGGGGUCAAUAAGUCCAGUAAACGAUCUGUGUGGUGCGGAGUGGAUGCAUUGUUCUAAAGCCGAGAGGCAGGGACGCUGUAAACUGGCUUGUUUGUACCGCCUACUGGACCUGUAUGGACACACCCACUUCCCAAAUGCAUACAUUACGCUGCGUGUGAGCAAAGAGCAAGAUCAUAUUCUCAUUCUUCCUAAAGGACUCUCAUUCUCAGAAGCCACUGCUGCCAGUCUGGUGAAGGUGAAUCUGAUUGGUGAGGUGGUUGAUCAGGGAGCAACUGCACUGCCUGUGGAUGUUUUGGGAUUCAAACCCCAUUCGGCAGUCUAUUGCGCUAGACCGGAUGCCAAAUGUGUUAUACAUACAUACACACCAACUACAGCUGCAGUCUCCUCUAUGAAAUGUGGCAUCUUACCCAUUUCCCAUGAAGCUUUGCUGUUGGGGGAGGUAUCUUAUUUUAGCUACUAUGGUGAUUUGGAUGAUGAACAAGAGAAGAUGGAACUACAGAAAGCUUUGGGUCCCACUGCCAAGAUUUUGGUGCUGAGGAAUCAAGGCUUACUGGCAUUUGGAGAGACUACAGAGGAAGCCUUUCAUUAUUUGUACCACAGCCACCAAGCCUGUGAGAUACAGGUUAGUGCUCUGCUUUCGGCAGGUGGUGUUCAAAACCUUCGCGUGUUAGACAGAGCAAAUCUCAAAGCAGCUCCUUCGAUGAAUCCCAGUGGAAAAGUGUCAGAUGGACAGAUCAGAUGGAGAGUUGGAGAGGCAGAAUUUGAGUCUCUUAUGAGAAUGAUGGAUAACUUAGGCUACAGAACUGGUUACACCUACCGCCAUCCCAUAGUCAAAGAGAAACCUAGACACCAUAAUGACGUUGAGAUCCCAGCAACCGUCUCUGGGGUGGGACUGGAGGAAACGGACGGCUUCCCGCAGAGUCCUUUGCACUUGCAGGCACACAAGCGGGACAGAGAGAGGAUACGAUGGUUAAAUUCACCUAACAGCUACCUAAAGGUCAAUGUACCCGAGGAGUCGACCAAUGGCACCUGUAGUCCACGUACUAAAACCAUGUGGAUGAAGUCGGAAGAUUCGGGCAGCUGCAAGGACACCCCAAUUAAGAUUGAGGACCCCAACCAGUUUGUCCCACUAAAUACCAACCCCAGUGAAGUACUGGAAAAGAGAAAUAAGAUUCGGGAGCAGAACAGAGUAGAUUUAAAGACGGCAGGACCAAAGUCUCAACUGCUGGCAGACAUUGUGAUCGACAAACCACCCGGUCCAGCUUUCAUUUAUGAGGAUGAGGAGCAGACAGCUUCCCUACCACCCAACCCUUUUGACCAAUCAGAAGCAGAGCUUCAGGAUUACACGCAAACUGUGGAAAAUAAGUGCAACCAAUCAGAGGCUGAUGAUGAGUUGACAGAUGGAGAAAUGACAACAUAUGAUGGCUCCACGGUGUCCCUGUCAAUCUCACCCCUUAUGAGCCCAGAAAGAGGAGACUGUCUCUCAGCUCUUUUACAAAGCAGCGAUGACCUAACGCAGGAUGAUGACCUCACUCUACAGGUCACGGAGCUCAGCAUCACUAAAGAGAUGCAGGUCUCCAUAACAACCACCGUCGCCAAUGACAUUUCAAUCACCAGCUCCUCUGAAAGUCAAAAAUCACCCAAAAAGAAGAAAAAGAAAUUCCGUACACCUUCCUUUCUGAGGAUGUCUAAAAAGAAAGACAAAGAGAAAGGAAAAAACAAAAAGGAACCCGAAAAGGAAAAAGAGGAAAUAGAUGAAGAAAAAGAGUGUAAGGACUCAGUCAAAAUUGAAUAAUCUGUAAGAUGUACAGGGGAUUGUUGAAAAAAUGGUUUACGGUUAGGGUCCUGUGUUAAAGGGACACUCCACUUUUUUGGAAAUAGGAUCAUUUUUCAGCUCCUCUAGAGGUAAACAUUUGAUUUUUACCAUUUUGGAAUCCAUUCAGUCAAUCUCCGGGUCUGGCGGUACCACUUUUAGCAUAGCUUAGAAUAAUCAAUUGAAUCUGAUUAGACCAUUUAGCUUCGCUCUCAAAAAUAAACAAACAGUUUAGAUAUUUUUCAAUAUUUUCGUUAUUUUUCUAUUUAAAACGUGACUCUUCUGUAGUUACAUCGUGUAUGGGUCAUUCUACAGAAAAGGUGGAAUUCGGGUAAUGGAAAUUUGCUCAAAUGAACUUCUUUCAACAUACCCAAAACUUCUUUAAUAGCACUAAUUAACUUGUCAAAUCUAUGAAUCUGCAUUAAUGUUGAUACUAAACAUUUUUUUCUCAUUACAGCUUGUGUAUUUAGUUAAAGGUUGAGUAGAGGAAUGAUAACAGCAAGGAAAAAAAUUGAUUAUUAAUAUUUGUUUAAUUAAAUUCUUUAUCUUUACCCAGCAUUGUAUGAAAUUAUUUGAUUCUCAGAUUGACUUUUUUCUUUAAAACCAACAAAAACAAAAAUAUUCAACCAAAAAGGCUUUGAUGCAAAGACUGAAAUAUCAACAACGUCUUACAUCCCAUAUCAACAACAACAUAUUACUAGAAAGUACAAGAAAAUACAUUCGUAACACCAAAAUGUAACACCAAUGACACAAUGUAACACCAAUGACAAAAUUAGAAUAUGAUAAUAUAUGAUAAAACUUACAAACUUUCAUAAAAUUUUCCAUCUUGUUUUUUUAUGCUUUUAUGUUGGUCAGUUAAAGGAAUAGUGCUUAGGAAGUACGCAUUAGAGGAGUAACACUAAUGACGGUAACACCAAUGAUGGUAACACCAAUGACAAUUUACAGAAAAAAAUAUAUAUUUUAAAGAGUAACUAAACCCUAAACCAACUUUUUUUAGUUAAAGAUCUGUAAGAAUGAUGCUUUAUUAGUGCUGUUCAUUGAUUUUAGUAAGUUUUUUGACAUUUGUAUGUAAAGUGUUUCAAUACUACAAUAUAUGGUGUAAAAACGUCUGAGUGCUGCCCUCUUCAGGUUGAACGGUGACCACUGCAGUUGAAUUUUCCUAUUGGAUGUUGGGUCCAAAAAGUAACUCGUGACGUAAGCAGAUUCAAGCUCACCACGCCCUUGUUACGAUCUCACUACACACUUAAGUUCUUCCCCUCUAUCUCUGUUAGGAUCUGCCCACUUUUCUUGCAUUUUUCAAAUAUUGCCAGUGGGUGGAGUCAGGCUCUGACCAGGGGUUUAGUUACGCUUUAACAAAAUGGCUGCUCUACAUUUCAUGAGAGAUGUAACAAUCACAUACUUAUUCAGUAUAAUGUAUUUUUAUGUAAAGAUCUUAACACUCCCAGCUAUAAAAAAGAGUAACACAAAUGACAUCCAAAAAAUCUUAUCUCAAAAUUCUUGGAUAUAUCAUGAUACUUUAGACAAAUAAGGUAAGACAUCUCACAAACCUUUUUGCCUUCCUCCACUGCACUUCUUUCACUGACCUCUUGACCCAUGAAAAACUUCAAAGAGCUGAUGCAUUGUUUCAAAAUAAAGGUGCUUUGGGUAGGGUAACACCAAUGACAUAAAUUUGGGGGACAAAUAUUUAUUUGAUAUUAUUCAUAUUAAUAGUGUAUUUUUUACCAUUUUAGUGUUGUAGUAAAUUCAAACAGGGUUAAAGGUACAUGUAAAUUAGAUUUGUUUUAUAAAAAACAUGGUUUGAAAUAAUAAGUACACAGUUCAACUUCCAUGUAUGAUCAAAGGGACAGGGCAAUUUUCAGGACCAGACAUUUUAAAAAAAGUUUUAAAAAAGAAAAAAAAAGAAAAUUACAUAAAUUAACUCUCUCAUCAUUUUAAGGACAGUCUAUAUUUAUUAAAUAUAUAUCAUUAUGGGAUUAUUAUUGGGUCAAAUUAAAUGAUUAAGGGGUCUGCAAAAGCAAGGGACAAGCAUUUCCACCUUUUUUGUAGAAUGACCCGUAUAUGAUAUUACGCAGUGCCUGAAAAUAGUCCCCUGCUAUUGAAAGUUACCAAGGGGACUAUUUUGGGGGCUGCUUAAUAUCAUUGCGCCUGCUGCAAUCAAUCAAAUGUCAACUCUAGGGGAGCUGGAAAAUGAGCCUGUUUAAAAAAAAGUGGAGUGUCCCUUUAAAUGCGAUGAAUGCUGUGUGCAGUUGUAUUGAAGCAAUGACUUGAAUGUAUAUUUUAUUUCAACACACUUUUUUGUUACUGCUUUAUUAAUAACUACAAAUUGUCUUAAUCAUGACAUUCUACACUUUUAUUAACUAUGUACUGUAUGUUCACACUUUUUAACACAAGAUUGUCAGUAGUACAUUCUAGUUGCGGAUUUUAAAUAAAACCUAAAGGUCCUACAUGCUGAACUUGAGAAGUAUCAUUUUGAUGAUUUGUAUGUUAUGUAAUAUAUAGAUAAAUUGUGUAUUGAAUUGGUCAGGUGAAAGUGAUGAUAAGAUACAUUGAUUUAUUAGAAACUAUGUUCCUACAUGUCAGGAAUAUUUAAUUUUAUUGAAGUACUAUCAAAUUGGUAUUUAUAAUUGAAAGAUGGACAUGUAGUGUGAUAUAAAGCUGUUUUGCUUUGCUUAGUAUGUGUGGAUGGAAAUGUGUUUAUACUUAGGCAAUGUUUUAUUGAUAGACUAAAAAGUACAACAGUUGCUGUUACUCUGUUAAAUACACUGUUUUUAUCAAAAAUCUUAAAACGCAUUGUAAUUGUUUACAGUGAUGUAUUCUUGUUUUUUUUUUUUUUUGUCAAAAUACUGCUUUUGUAAUUUGACGUGUCAGUCACGUGUGGAUAAGUUGUGACGUAUGAUUUACUUUUUAAAUAAAAAUGAAGAUAGACAACUGUA